CGCCGGAGUGCUGGUGGAAAGAGCCCGGCCACACGCUUUUUUGCGGUGCUUCGUGGCGCGCUUGUGGUUGAUGCGACUCUUCCUGCAGACCACUAGAGCACAUUGCUAUUGGACGAGACGAAGAGAACAUGAACGCGAAGCAACUCGAGCUGCUCGUGACGGAUGACGCUGACUACCAGUAUGUCCUGACCAACUGGUCGAGCGACUACAUGGACGAUCUUGUACACCACGCCAACGACGCGGAAGUGGCCAAAUUCUUGGCAAACCGGUUUCCGCACCCCUACACCAGCGACAACGCAAUGAGCUUUCUCGCGUAUGCCUCCAGUACGGCAACGGAGCGCCUCUUUGCAAUUGUUCGCCAGCACAAGGUGUCGGGCACGCGUGAAGCCAUUGGCGGUAUUGGCAUGGACGUCAAAAGCGACGUUCAAGAACACUCGGGCGAGGUCGGCUACUGGCUCGGAAAGAGCUUCUGGGGUCGCGGCCUCAUGACGCACGUCGUCGCGACGUUUCUCGACGGGUUUGUGGAGGUGUACCUACGAACGCACGCACCCGUGCCCCUCUCGCGCCUCUUUGCGGUCGUCUACGCGCCCAACACGGGCUCGGUCCGCGUCCUCGAGAAGAACGGGUUCCAGAUCGAGGGACGCUUGCGCCGGUAUGCUUACAAGAAUGGCGAGUACCUCGACGCGUUCCUUCUCGGGCGCGUCUACGAGUUGUAAACUGCAAUCGGAAUAUCUCAGUAAUGACGCGCACGUUCACUCUA